AUGGCGACUCUAGCAGUGCCAGCAGGAAUGGGGUCAUCGCUGGAAGCGCUGUCUGCCCCGCCGCUGAACGUGCGCCGCCCAGCGGCGCCAACGUUACCCAGCUUUGAGCUUCCACCACCACCGUUCCUGGGUGCGAAUGCAGGAGCUUCCAAGUCCGGCGGACAGCCGAGUCAUCCUCCGAUCUCGCAUGCACCAGGCAACGUGAGCGUGGGGAACCUGUUAACGCCACCCGCUACGGUUCAACCGGGGGAGCACGCCACACCUCAGCCAUUGGCGCCGUCUUCAGGCGCGUCCUCCGAGCUACCGCCCACGUAUUGGCCCGGGGCCAAUUCGUACGGACAGUCCUGGGGAUCGGGAGUUCAUCCAUAUUCAGCUCGCAGUUCGUUCUCACCAUCAUCUGGUAUGCAAGUGCGCUCAUCCGUCACAUCACCGCCGACGACGGACGGGUUACCGCAUCCAUACGAAGCAUCGACACUACCCUACCAAUCUCUCUCUCAUGCCUUACCCGCCCCAUCAACCAUGGCCCCCUCUGGCUCACAGCCUGGCAUGGCUAUGUACCACGGGGGACACGCUACAUCUCCCGGCUCACUUCCCUCCAACGACCCCUAUGCACCCAAACACCAGCAUAUGUAUGCCGCUUCUCCCUCCAUGCACAGUCCCCACCAGACCGGCUUCUCCCCAAUGUAUGGGAACCCCGCCGGGAUGGUCCAUCCUCCAGGACGAAUGUCGGUCCACAACCCAUCGGCCGGACAGUCGCCGCUGGGAUACCCCCGUCAGCCGUGGCCCUCCUAUUCUCUCCCCGCCAUGAACGGCCCUGUUAUGAGUAACGUGCACAGUCCCGGUGGACCCAUGUCGAUGAUGGGUGGUAUGCAACCGGGGCUGCUGCCCGGAUUUAGCAGUGGACAUGUCGCGAGCUCCCAACAUCUAUACGGAGGACAUCCACCACCACACGGCAUGUCUGCCCCGACCGCUGAUCGUCCGUUCAAAUGCGACCAGUGUCCCCAGAGUUUCAAUCGGAACCACGAUCUCAAGCGCCACAAGCGCAUCCAUCUAGCCGUGAAACCUUUCCCCUGCUCACACUGUGACAAAAGCUUCUCGCGCAAGGAUGCUCUUAAGCGACACAUCCUCGUGAAAGGUUGCGGAAAGGACGGCGAGUCGGACGCAAACGGCGGCCAUGGAGCCGACAUGAAGAGCGACGGGCGAAGCGAAGACGGCAGCCCUAUCCUCAACGGGCGUGUCUGA